AUGGCUACCCUGUUGCAAGCCUUUGUUUCGAGAGAAACACUCUUCGCCUUUUGUAUUGUCGGCAUCGUUGUAACGACAUCCAUCACGCUUCUUCGCGUCUAUGUCCGGAUCAAGAAACAACGACUGCUCCGCGAGGAUGACUACGCUCUGCUCGCAGCGUAUGCGCUAUAUGUUACCUUGGCCGCGCUGUACAUCGCCGACAUACCAUAUCUUUACUCCGUUAUGGACUGGCUCGAAGGCAAGGUUCCGCUCAAUCAAGUUCCGGUAGAGGAUUACGCUCACAUGAUGCGCUUCAACUUUGCAGUCACAUUGUUCUUCUGGACCGUGCUGUGGUCCGUCAAAUUCAGCCUCCUGCUCUUCUUCAGGAGAGUCAUCCUACAUACAGACUGGCUGAAAGCCUGGUGGGCCAUCUGCAUCUUUACCGUAUUGACCUAUGUUGGAUGCGUGAUCUCGCAAUUCAUGUCCUGCGAUAACAUCCAUGACUUUACAGUCCUUGGAAAGUGCUCUCAACCACGAAACACCAGGGCACAAAUUAUCAGCCUGUACUAUUCCUUCUCGGCAGAUGUGAUAACGGACUUUGCGAUAAUGGCUCUACCUCUCAGGAUUGUGUCAACCUUGAAGAUGGCAAAGAGGGACAAGUGGAUCCUGGCUGGAUUGUUCAGCGUGACUGCUGUUGCCAUCGUGACCAGUAUCAUUCGGGUCUUUUUGAUUUGGGCCAAAACUGGCAGCAGCACUCCAAGUCCACCUUGGCUCGGCCUGUGGGCUGUUAUAGAGUGCAUGGUCUCAAUCAUCGUCGGCUGCAUCCCGGCCAUAUCACAGAUCUUCCGUAAUGUCGGCCAAACGUCCUCAGCGCAUAGUGGCAGCUCCUCGAAUCCGAAGCAUCGGUAUCAUGUUGGCUUGGUGCCUUCUGGAUCUGGCCAUACGAAGACAACAGUCGGGAGAUCUGACUCUCUGGUGCCGAGCACCUCCGAGAGCGAGAAGCCAUUACAUUCUGAUGUCGACUGUAUACGGUCCAGAACGGAUGUUACCGUCCGUCAAGACAAUGGCGAUAUCGAUAUGGAGCUUACUGCUCUACGCGAGCGAUGA